GGGUGUUCACGUGCAUGCGCGUGUGUGCGUCCCUUUGCUUUCAUGGCAGUGGGUCUGAUGGACAGUUUGUGGAUUUAGGCCACGAAACUGGAGGGAACAGAUUAUCGACUGACAGACGAAGAACACAGCCAUGGCUAAAGUCACCCCAUCACCUCCACCUCCUAGCUUUGGGUUAGCCCCGCCCACCACAGCUGUAGAGGACAUGGAGGCAGAGCCUGGGAUCAGCGGUCUUCAAAGACCAGGGCCAGGAGUUUUGUUUAACAUCAACAACAGCAACAACAACGAAGAAGAAGAAGAGGAGGAGAAGAAGCAAAAAAAGAAGGAGAAGAAAGAGAAGAAGGAAAAGGAGAGACAGGAGAAGAAGGAGAGGAAGGAGAAGAAAAAGAAGGAGAAGGAGGAGAAGCUAAAGGAGAAGGAAAAAGAGAAGGAGAAGGAGAAGGAGAAGGAGAAGGAGAAGGAGAAGGAGAAGGAGAAGAAAGCCCAGACAGAAACUCCUAAAGAGGUCACGGUGUUUAAUCCAGCUGGAAACACCUACUACUACUGGCUGUUGAUCAUCACCAUCCCCGUCAUGUACAACUGGACCCUAAUAAUAGCCAGGGCAAGUUUUGAAGAACUGCAGUCUGACUAUGUGGUGUACUGGUUUUUUCUGGACUUCCUCGCCGACCUUGUCUACCUUGCAGACAUGUUCUUCAGAACCAGGACUGGUUACCUAGAGCAGGGUCUCCUGGUGAAGGAUGAGCUGAAGCUUCGUGAGCGCUACAUGAACAGCUUCCAGUUCAAACUGGACCUGGUGUCUAUGAUUCCCACGGAUGUGCUGUAUGUCAUCGUAGGCCUCAAAUACCCAGAGAUCCGCCUCAAUAAACUCCUCAGGUUCAACAGAUUGCAGGAGUUCUUUCAGAGGACAGAGACCAGAACCAACUACCCCAACGCUCUCAGAAUCUCCAGCUUGGUCAUGUACAUCGUCAUCAUCAUCCACUGGAAUGCCUGCCUGUACUACUCCUUCUCCAAGGCCAUUGGUUUUGGCUCGGACAGGUUUGUGUAUCCCGACCCGUCGGAUCCAGAGUUUGGCCGUGUGGUGAGAAAGUAUGCCUACAGCAUGUACUGGUCCACUUUGACACUCACCACCAUUGGAGAAACACCGCCCCCUGUGGAGAACUCAGAGUACUUCUUUGUUGUCACUGACUUCCUGGUGGGUGUCUUGAUUUUUGCCACCAUCGUCGGUAAUGUGGGUUCGAUGAUCACCAACAUGAAUGCUGCCAGAGCAGAUUUUCAGGCUCGAAUUGAUGCCAUCAAACAGUACAUGACCUUCAGGAAGGUGUCAAAGGACCUGGAAAAGCGAGUCAUAAAAUGGUUUGACUUCCUGUGGACCAAUAAGAAGGCUGUAGAUGAAAGGGAGGUGCUCAAGUACCUUCCUGACAAACUGCGAGCUGAAAUUGCCAUCAACGUCCACCUGGACACGCUAAAGAAGGUUAGAAUAUUUGCGGACUGCGAGGCUGGCCUGUUGGUGGAGCUGGUGCUGAAGCUUCAGCCUCAGGUCUACAGUCCUGGAGAUUACAUCUGUAAGAAGGGCGACAUCGGCAGAGAAAUGUACAUCAUCAAGGAAGGAAAACUGGCAGUGGUGGCUGAUGAUGGGGUCACACAGUUUGUGGUUCUGAGUGAUGGAAGCUACUUUGGCGAGAUCAGCAUCCUGGCUAUUAAAGGCAGUAAAGCAGGGAACAGGAGGACAGCCAACAUCAGAAGCAUCGGUUACUCCGAUCUAUUCUGUCUCUCCAAAGAUGACCUGAUGGAGGCACUAAAGGAGUAUCCUGAUGCUAAGGCCCUGCUGGAGGAGAAGGGAAGGCAGAUCCUGAUGAAGGAUGGACUGCUUGAUCUUGAGGUAGCAGCACAGGGCCCUGACCCCAAAGAAAUGGAGGAGAAAGUGGAGAGGAUGACCGUCGACCUGGACGUCCUGCUGACGCGAUACGCUCGGCUGAUGGCCGAACACGAAGCCAUACACCACAAACUCAAACACAGGGUCACAAAGCUGGAGGGAAAACUGCAGCCGCCAUCACCAGUGGGUGACUGACGAGACGAGGCUGUACCCCACACACACACCUGACACUAACACAGUAACAGAGAAGAAGUAAAGAAAAGUGGCCAACUGGAAAUAUAUCUGUAAGAAUAACCUGUAAUUUUAAUAUAUUUAUUUUAAGAAAAAGAGAGA